AUGGCUACAACGUCUAACUUUUGCACUCCUCAAAACGACCGAUUCUAUUCCAAAAAGCCGUAUGGGGGGUUGGACAGGUUGAAGAAAGAAAUCCGCCUUAUACGAGUCCUGCAAGACGAUGGCUCCGGUCAAAUCCGCUGCGAGCUCACGCGUGAGCUGCCGCUGUCAGAAGCCCAGGAUAAGUACGCCGCUCUGUCGUACUGCGCAGGGAGCCCCCAAAACCCCAAGCCAAUCCUGGUGAGGGGCAACGAAUCGGAAGAAUUUCACGAGUUCAACGCAUUCGCGAACCUGGAGCUGGCCAUAGCCGAUGCGUGCGAGUUCUGCAAAAAGCAUCGCGGCGAUGAAGAACCCUUGCUGUGGGUCGAUCAGGUUUGCAUCAACCAAAAUGACGACCGCGAGAGGUCGCACCAAGUCGGUUUCAUGAGGGAUAUCUACCAGUGUGCCCGCGAGGUCAUCGUCUGUCUGUCGACGGAUAAAUCGACAAGCUUGGCCGUGGACUGGCUGCUGGCGCCUGAUAAGCCGGAGUUGGACGAGAUGUUUUAUGACGCGCGAGCUGGAGAGCUAUCCGUCACAUUUCAAGAGCAAGUAAAGCGUUCGAAUAUUCACGCGAGGACCCGUGUCCUAAUGCGAACCAAUUCAUACGUGGCACGAAAGGUCUCAUUGCGAAACAAUGCCGACACGAUACGAGAGGACGACUUCGUCCGAGCCAGCAUGUCAGAUAAUGAGUUUUACUAUGGGUGGCUUGAUGUCCUUACAAUGCUUGGACAGCCUUGGUGGACACGAGCCUGGAUAUAUCAAGAGUUCAUGGUCUGCAAGAAUGCGCAAUUCUUGUUUGGUCAGAGCAGUAUUUCCUGGAGACAGCUUUCGGCAGCCCUGGUGCCUUUCAUUGAGAUAUUCCAAAGUCGCAUCCCACUGGCCAGAUACUACUGCAGCAACAGAGCUCGUAUCGGCGCUGCUACGCCACUAGUGGAGCGCAUGACUACCAUCUUGGAACGCGAAAUCUCCGUCGAAGAUUCGAUGACGGCUGCUAAGUCAUUACUGAAAAACAAGUCAUCGUUCCAGAUCGGAAGGGAAAUUUUCAACACCGUGCUAGCACACUCGCGGCUUUGCCGAGCAACAGACCCACGAGAUCUCGUAUACGCAUUCAUCAGUCUUGCAGACAUCGCGUGUGGCAUUGAACCGGACUACAGCCACGACAACACCGUCCACAACGUAUUCAUCACGGCAGCCCGUCGAGCGGUCGUCUGCUCGGGCAAUCUGGACAUCUUGUCGCACGCCGUCGCCGUUCGGGGAGAUCUUAGCCUUGAGUUGCCGUCAUGGGUGCCGGACCUGACAGCCAUGGAGUCUGCAGUCCGUCGGGACAGAAGCCUAAUCCUGCAAGGUCUGAGCUCGAAGAAGGUGGCGCCUCUCCAGACGACGCCACGCUUCCCCAUAUCGUUUUCCGAAGACGGCCGAAUACUCUAUGCUAAGGGGUCCUUUGUCGUCAGCCUGGAAAGAAGAAUGCCUGAUGGAUUUUCACCUUGGCCGCCAGUACCUCUGGGACACCUCGGUUUCGAGGCCUCUGGAUAUGUUAUUAUUACGACGGAUAGGACGGCAACACUGUCUGACGAAAUCUGGAUCCUCGAUGGACCGCGGCGCCCCUUCGUACUGCGGCGAAGUGGCGAUCACUAUAAGCUGGUCUGCAUGGCAGUUGUUACGCACACUUCGCAACUUCGGGAUUUCAUGGACUGGGAGAAUGUUAAGAAAGCGAAAGCGCCAGUUGCAUGGAAGAGCAUAAGCAUUUGUUGA